AUGCUUUCUCAAGGACUUUCAUACGUUAUUCUUAACGCCUCCAAUUGCGAGGAUUUUGAGAAAACACUCAGAUUCUAUCAAGCUCUUGGCUUCAAGAAUGUCGCCGACAAGUCUCACGAAUCUCAAUCUGAAGAAAGAACCGCUUGGUUGAAAUUAAACUCUGCCGAUGAAUGUGCUUCUGAAAUCACCAUUAAGCUCGUCUUGAACGCUUCUGCCAUUGCUCAACGCAAGCCUGCCUCCGAUGUCGAUUGGGCUUUGGAAGAAAAUGCCACUGUUUUGGCUGUAAAAGAUUUAAAUGCUGUCAAGUCAAAGUUGGCUGAGUUGAAUGUUACAGUACAAGAUCAUAGCACUGAUGACAAUGCCAGACUCUACGUUUUGGAUCCUCUCAACAACAUCACUGUCUUCUCCAACAAGCCUGCUACCAAUUGCUGUCCCAAGGCCACUAGUGCUGCUGCCGCUGUUGAGACUGCUGCCUCUGGAAGCAAGCGUCAAAAGAUUGCUGUUCUCACAUCUGGUGGUGAUGCUCCCGGUAUGAACGCUGUUGUUCGUGCUACCGUCCGCUAUGGUAUUGCCAAGGGCUGCGAUAUUUUUGCUGUCUAUGAGGGUUAUCAAGGUCUUAUUGACGGUGGUGAGCGUUUAAGAAAGAUGGAAUGGAAGGAUGUUCGCGGAUGGUUGGCCGUCGGCGGUACUACUAUUGGUACAGCACGUUGUAUGGGUUUCAAGACCCGUGAAGGCCGUCUUCAAGCUGCUGAAAACCUCGUCAAGAAUGGUAUUGAUGCCUUGAUUGUAUGCGGUGGUGAUGGUUCCUUGACUGGCGCUGAUCUCUUCCGUGCUGACUGGCCUGGAUUGGUCGAUGAGCUCAAAAACACCAACCGUAUCACUCAAGAACAAGCUGAUGCUUUCCACGUUCUGACCAUUGUCGGUCUUGUUGGCUCUAUUGAUAACGACAUGUCUUCUACUGAUAUCACCAUUGGUGCUGUUACCUCUCUUCACCGUAUCUGUGAGGCUGUUGACUCUGUCUCUACCACUGCUUUGUCUCACUCUCGUGCUUUUGUUAUUGAAGUCAUGGGUCGUCAUUGUGGUUGGUUGGCUCUCAUGGCUGGUAUUGCCACUGGUGCUGAUUUCGUCUUCAUCCCUGAGAAGCCUCCUCAAGAAGACGACUGGGAAUCUGUGAUGUGUUCUGUCGUUGAAAGACAUCGUCAUUUGGGUAAGAGAAAGACUGUUGUCAUUGUUGCUGAAGGUGCUAUCGACAAGAACUUGAACCCCAUCAAGGCUGAUCAUCUCAAGGACAUCUUGACCAACCGUCUUGGUCUUGAUACCCGUGUCACUAUCUUGGGUCAUACUCAACGAGGUGGUGCCCCUGCCUACUUUGAUCGUCUUUUGGCUACUACUCAAUCCAUCGAAGCCGUUAAUGCCGUUCUCGAAUCUACCCCUGAGACUCCUUCUCCCAUGAUCGGUAUGACUGAUAACAAGGUCACUCGUUUCCCUCUCAUGAAGGCUGUUGCUCUCACUCACGAAGUUGCUGAAGCCAUCGGUCAAAAGAACUUUGCUCGUGCCAUGGAGCUCCGUGAUCCUCAAUUUGCCGAAGAAUACGAUGCCUACAAUGCCACUACCAUCUUGGAUGAUAGCUCUAUCGUCUUGCCUGAACAUCAACAGCUCCGUGUCGGUAUUGUCCACGUUGGUGCUCCCGCUGGUGGUAUGAACGCUGCUACUCGUACUGCUGUUCGCUAUUGUCUUAACCGUGGCCAUACUCCCAUUGCUGUCAGCAAUGGUUUCGCUGGUCUCGCUCGUGGCGUUACCACCGAAAUGACUUGGAUGUCUGUCGAUGGUUGGACCGCUCUUGGUGGUUCUGAAUUGGGUACUAACCGUGCUGUUCCUGGCGAAGAUGUCGAUAUGGGUUUGGUUGCCUACCAAAUGCAAAAGCAAAAUAUUCAAGCUCUUUUGGUUGUUGGUGGUUUUGAAGCUUACGUUGCCAUUGAAAAGCUCGGAGAAGCUCGUGAAAAGUAUCCUUCCCUCCGUGUCCCCAUUACCUUGAUUCCUGCUACCAUCUCUAACAAUGUUCCUGGUACUGAUUACUCUCUCGGUUCUGAUACUUCUCUCAACGCCAUUGUCAACUCUUGUGAUGCCAUUGUUCAAUCUGCUCAAUCUUCUCGUCGUCGUGUCUUUGUUGUUGAAGUCAUGGGUGGUCGCUCUGGUUAUUUGGCUGUUGAAGGUGGCCUUGCUGUGGGUGCUAUGACCGUUUACAUUCCUGAAGAAGGUAUCAAUCUUUCUCGUCUCCAAUCUGAUGUUGAGCAUUUAAGAAACAUGUACUCUCACGAUGAUCCUGACAAGAGUGAAGGCAGAAUCAUUUUGCGUACUGAAGAUGUUUCCAAGACUUACACUACUGAUGUCAUUUCCAACAUUCUCAAGGAAGAAGGUGAUGAAAUGUUUGAUUCUCGCACUGCUGUCUUGGGUCACAUUCAACAAGGUAUUACCCCCUCUCCUCUCGAUCGUAUUCGCGCUACUCGUCUUGCCAUGCGCGCCAUCAUAUUUAUGGAAGAACACACUACUGAAGCCCUUUGCAAGGCCCAUGAAACUGGUUCUCCUGUUCCUAUCGAGCUCACCAACUCCAAGGAAUCCGUUGCCGUUGCUGGUAUCUCUGGCCACUCUGUCAUCUUUGAGCCUGUCACUGCUCUCAUGGCCGUUACUGACAUGAAGAACCGUAAGCCUCGCACUGCUUGGUGGAAUGAGCACAGACCUAUCAUUGAUCUCUUGGCUGGCCGUGGUCAUUUCAACUAA